AAUGACUGAUUGAGCUAUAGGACGUUAUGGAACGAGAGAUAAGCCUACCUUUAAUGGCCGACUGAUGAUUUGAUUGGAUAAAUGACGAGACUGGUGAUCAGAAUGAAGUUCAUGUAUUUUUAUGAAUAAGAAGGAACGAGAAGUCAAGAACGUGAGGAUUGGACAUCUGGGAAUAUUGCUGGCCCAUCAAGCAGAAAUCUCCCAGUUCUGCCUCCAGGACAAGACUCAUCCCAAUAAACAUCAAACUGUAGAAGAGUCACACCAUUUCACCAUCUAGGUGUGACUUGACUCAGACAGCAUGAUCUGAUUCUGAUUGCAUUCCCUGACUUCCUCUCUGUACGUUGCAUUUGACUGGUCCUCAGUGUGUUUCAGUUGGACAGACUGGACAGAGUGCAGCCGACACAGCGACGGUGUGAGUGGAGCAGAGAGAACCGAGGAUGGGGGGCGGAGGUCAGCAGACGGAGUCAAGCGAGCCGGUCAAGGGUGACGGGGUUGGGCCCGAUGGAGGGCGAGGUGGCAGUGCAGUCUACACCUGGGAAGAGGUCCAGAAGCACUGCCACAGAAGCGACCAGUGGUUGGUCAUCGACAGGAAGGUCUAUAAUAUUACCCAGUGGGCGAAGAGACACCCGGGGGGCAUCAGGGUCAUCAGUCACUUUGCUGGAGAAGAUGCCACGGAUGCAUUUGUCGCAUUCCAUCCCGAUCCUAAUUUUGUCAGGAAGUUUCUGAAGCCGUUGCUGAUUGGAGAGCUGACACCGACAGAGCCCAGCCAGGACCAGGGGAAAAACGCAGUACUGGUGCAGGACUUCCAGGCCCUGCGUGACCGUGUGGAGAAGGAGGGUCUCCUCCGUGCCCGCCCCCUGUUCUUCAGCCUCUACCUGGGCCACAUCCUGCUACUAGAGGCCCUGGCUUUGGGCCUGCUCUGGGUCUGGGGGACCAGCUGGAGCCUCACACUGCUCUGUUCCAUCAUGCUGGCCACGUCUCAGGCCCAAGCUGGCUGGCUGCAGCAUGACUACGGCCACCUGUCAGUCUGCAAGACAUCCAGCUGGAAUCACGUACUGCACAAGUUUGUCAUUGGACACCUAAAGGGUGCCUCUGCUAACUGGUGGAACCAUCGUCACUUCCAGCACCACGCUAAGCCCAACAUUUUUAGUAAAGAUCCUGAUGUCAACUCACUGCAUGUCUUCGUCCUGGGAGACAAACAGCCUGUAGAGUAUGGUAUAAAGAAGUUGAAGUACAUGCCCUACCAUCACCAACACCAGUACUUCUUCCUCAUUGGACCUCCACUAGUUAUUCCAGUGUUUUUCUCCAUCCAGAUAUUCCAGAACAUGUUUUCACAACGGAACUGGGUGGAUCUGACGUGGUCGAUGACUUUCUACCUUCGCUUCUUCUGCUGUUACUAUCCCUUCUUUGGUUUCUUUGGCUCAGUAGCAUUGAUCAGCUUCGUCAGGUUUUUGGAAAGCCACUGGUUUGUAUGGGUGACCCAGAUGAAUCACCUUCCUAUGGAGAUAGAUCACGAGAGACACCAGGACUGGCUCACCAUGCAGUUGAGUGCUACUUGCAACAUUGAACAGUCAACCUUCAACGACUGGUUCAGUGGACACCUCAACUUUCAGAUUGAACACCAUCUGUUUCCUACCAUGCCCCGUCAUAACUACCACAUGGUGGCUCCUCUGGUUCGUGCUUUGUGUGAGAAACAUGGACUUCCCUAUCAGGUCAAGACUUUGCAGAAAGCCAUCAUUGAUGUUGUCGGGUCACUGAAGAAGUCAGGGGAUCUGUGGCUGGAUGCGUAUCUCCAUAAAUAAAUCCCUUCCUGACUCUGGACGGGAUUUAAUCCAUCGCAGAUUAACAACCUGUGAACAGAGAUAGUUUCCCCAGAUGUUUGUGUCAGAUGCUGUAUUUUGUUGUGACGUAAUUGUUUUAAUCAUUUUUGGGACCCCAGGAAGAAUAGCUGCUGUCUAAUGGGGGGUCCAAAGCAACAAAUCAGGGUUUAUAUUAGGGCUUUCAGAGUUAAUUAGUUAACUGAAGUUAACUUUUUUUAAAUUUUAGUGCAUACAUUUGAUUUUUAUCGUGAUUAAUCGCAUUGUCUGAAAGUGUUGAAUACACUGAAAAUAUCCAAAACACAUCAUGUAUACAACUAAAAUCUAUAAUGCCAUGUAAAAAUAAAUUGAGGUUAAAUAAAGUUUGCUUUCUCAGUUGA